UGUUUUUAUUUCAGAUAUUUGGAACUCGGGAAAUAUUUAUGCUGAAGCUGUAGGUAAUGCUGGAGAGACCUCUGGUAAUAUUUUUGAUCAUAGCUUGCCACCAGUGGAAUCUAUGAUGAAUAUGUUUGCAUCAGGUCUGGUGAAAGUAGAAAAAGAUAAUGAUUUUAGUGAUCCUGUUAUUGAUACCAUUAAAGAAAUGGAUCCCCAGGAAUUUUCAAGAUUUGUUUCUGAUAAGAUCCAUAGUGCAACUACAAUCUUAGGAUCUUCAAAACCGCAGGAUACUCCUGUUGUAUCAUCCAAUUCAGAUUCCGUUAUUAAAAUUGGUUCUGUGCCUACUUUAAAUAUGAAUACAGAUGCAGCUUCCCCUGCAAAAAAUGAUGAGUUUAACCUUAAUAAAAUUAACCAAAACUCAUUUCUAACCACAGAUUCUGUUGCCAUAAAUGUAAAUGUAAUUGAUGCAUCAACAACUGCCAGUUUGAGGAAAACAAGUGAAUCUUUAUCUAAUGGUGAAAAUAUCAAUUAUUUGAAUGAUUUGCUGUCUGUGACAAAUUCAAGGAAUGAGAAAAAACUCUUGGUAACCUGUGAAGAUCUCCAGUCAUUAUCAAAUGAACCUCCACAGUUAGAAGUUUUGGUGAACAAAUUAACUCAAAUCACAACUUUUGAAGAAAAAGUGAAAAAUGAUUUACAAGAAGCUAGGCAGAAAAUUCACGAAUAUCAGACUCUUUUAGAAACAUGGAGAGAUAAAAAGAGACACCUCCUAGAAGAGGAGGAAAAACUACGAGCCAUACGAAAUGAAAUAAUCAAAGCAAUGCCUAAAGUUUUACCGAAAGGAAUUUCUGAGUCAUGCAUGGUUCAAUCAAAAUCUAAUAUUUCUGAACAUAGUUUAUCUAGUACUAUGGAGGCAGAUGCAAUGCAAAAGCUAGGUGCAGAUCUAAAUAAUAAAACCUCUUCUGAAAUUGCUUCCUUAGAUACAGACAAAGAUUCCAUAACUCAGAAUGAUGUCACUGAUAAACAUGAUGAAGAUAUAUGCAUCCUUAGUCCAACUACUGUUUCUGAUGAUAAUGUAAUUCCUGUGAUUGAUUUAGAAGCAUCUCCAGUAAAAGAUGCAAGUGCUGAAACCUCAACAUUGGAUGAGGUGCCUUUUUUAACUAACAUGAAAACAGAAGAGAAUGAAACUUUACAUGAACUGGAAAACUUUAGUGUCCAUGGAACAAUAGUGAAUUCUAUGUUGGUUUUUGAAGACUUCCUAUAUACUUGCUCUAAUGACUUCACAGCAAAAAGAUUCAGUUUGAAGGCUCCUACCAACAUCGUAAGGUACCGUUGCAAAGCACGGAAUGUUACAAAUUUAGCUGUUGAAAAUGUACAUAGUAGGACACUAGUAUUUGCAUCAGGAAAUACUGGGUUUCUUACAGUUUACCUUGCUAAGAAUGGCACAUUUUUGAGGGAUUUUAAGUUUAAAGGUGGAAUUUCUAGUAUCUGUAAAGGCUGGGGUAAAAUAUAUGUGGCUCUAAGAGAUGGAUCUAUCUACAUAUGUGAUGAAAGUGAAGAACAGAAAUUGGUAACUACAGAAGAAUCUAUUAAAAGUAUUGCUUCGACUUAUCAAGGACGCUUACAUGUUCUUGUAACCUUGUCAUUCAAUGGACAAAUUUGCAUACGGAAUGCUGAAAAUGGCCUCUUAAUUAGAUGCCUUAAUAUGUCUGUGAAAAUGCAUUCUUCUAUGGUUAUUUAUAAUGACUGUAUAUAUUUUAACAGUGCCGAUAAGAAUCUUCACAUCUUAAAUAUAUCAACUGGUGAAUUGGUGUCAAAAUUAUGUCUUCCAUCUGCAGUGACUGGUCUGGAAGUAUAUAAGGAUUUUAUUUUCACCAUAUCUUACAGUGGUUUGGUACGCUGUUACAGCAAAUUCAAUGUAAAUGAUAUGAAAAUAUAUUAUGGAGUUGAAGGUUCUGCCCUUACUUGCAUUCAUGUACAUCAAGGCUGGGUAUUUACUGGCAACAGGAAAGGAAAUAUUUCUGUUUUUCAUUUUGAUCCAUCUGAUAAAGUGCCAUGCCAGUUCAAAGGAUGCUAUCUAGUAUUUGGACGCAUUGAAGAUUUUAAAUUCCACAUGAAGGAGGUCCAUCUUACAAAAUCUGUUUUGAAAGGGAAAUGCUCAUGGAAUACAUGCAAUUUUGAUUUCCCUCAUGAAUGGAGUGAAGAGGAAAAGAAGAAACAUAUCAACAAGCAUGUGUCCCAAAUUGUCUUCAAAUAACUGUUGUCAUCAUUUUGGACACUUUUUAGCUUUUUUUCAUUUGGGGACCAUCUACAGAAACAAGGAAUUCAAAGCAAGUAAUUACUUGCUCACCACUUAGAGAAAGUAAAUUUGUAUAAUUUGUGUAAAAUGUGUAAUUUUUUAUAUGCAUGUUAAAUAGAAUUUAUUUUUUUAAAGAUGUCUCAAAAAUUAACAGCAGCAGUGUAAUAUCAGAAUGUAAAGAAUUAAAGAUCAUAUUUUUCAGUUCUAAGACUUUCAGUUUUAAAACAUGCUCUCUAAUAUCAGUACAUCCAGUAGAAAUAAAAAGUAUUUUGAUUCUUAAAAAAUAAAUAAAUAAAUAAAUAAAUAAAAUAAAAAAUAAGAAAAAGAAGUAUUAAAAUUCAUCUAAAUGAUUUUUUAACACAGCGAAGUCACUCUUAUCAUACAUGCAUUCAGACAUCUGCAGAUCGUUUGAAUGCCUGCAUCCACUUUCUACACGGUGCUUUUCUCCAUCGUGUUAGUGCACAGCACAUUUUUUUGGCGAGUUGUUAAAUGACAUGCCAGUCAUUCCUUUGAAACAAGUGAAGUCUUAUGGAAUGCUACUUCCUUCUCCUUUGUUUAGUGUCAGUGUUUACCUAUUGAUGCCCACAGUUGCAAUCCUGUCAUAAGGGAAACCUGCACACAGGGGAUGAAACUGCCCAAAGAUCCCCAAGAGAGAAGUAAUCACUUUCCUUAAAUAGGUUAUUAUUAACAUUGUAGCAUUCUACUUGGCAGGCAGAAGGGCAUCCAUUCCAACAGAAAUUUGUAUGCCUAGUCAUUGCAGAUAUUUGAGAGGAUCAGAUUUUGGCCUCUAUUAAUGCGAAAGAGUUAAGCAUCAUUUUCAUUUUCUUAUUGGCAGUAUUUUUGCUUAAAUUAGCAAUAAAAGAAAAUUUAUUACUUUGAUAAUUAAUGAUUUGGAAAUCUCUAAGGUCCACCUUCACUUUAGUAAUGCUUAUGUGGGAAAAGAAUGUAUAUUUUCGAAUUGGAGAGAUGCAGUAAUAUAUGAAGAAAGUUACUGUUGCAAAUAUUGUUACAAAUUCUUGCAAAUUUGAAAGCUAUUUUCAUUUUAAUUUAAAGUAUUUCAGCUUCAUUAUUCUUAUACAUAUCAAACAAUGGAAGUCAAACAUUGUUGCCUCACUAAGAUUUAGUUUGAUUGAAUUGUGUGCUUGUAAGAUAUCUUCUGUGGGAUUAAAACCUGGAAAUUUGGCUAGUUAGUUUUUUCACUCGUUACCUUUGAUUUGAAGGAGUUAAUCAAGUAAGUUUGCUAUAUGUGGAUGUGCAUUAUCAUAUGUAUUUUUUUUUUUUUUUUUUUUUUUAAGAUUUGAAUGCACUUAUAAAAAAACCUUGAAGAAGAUUGGAAGAUUUUAUCUUGAUAUCUCCUGGCAGAGACAGAUUUUUUUAUUGAAUGUGCAUGGUAAGGAUGUCCAUUGAUCUUUAUCAAUCCCAUAACAUCAUUACCAUAAUGGUUAUUGUUUGAACCUGUGAGAGAAAGGUGCAAGCAUUAAAUACUUGCUGACUUCACCUAGGCAGCAAUGUUGCAAGGAAUGGGCGAGUAUGCUGUGUAAUAUGUAGAAUCCUUGAAUGUGAUCACUUUUACUAUGUGAAUUAUAAAUCUGCUUGAGAAUGAGUGUUCUAUGGUCUUCUGAGCUGCAUCUUUUGUGUCAUGUGCAAAAUAAAUCUGAUACUAUCUAAC